AUGGCCGCUGUUCGUAAGCGUCAACCUGGACAUUUUACAACGAAUACUGGGAAAAAUAAUGCAUUACCAGCGGGAGGGUCGAGUGAUAACUGGAAUAUGCAAGAUGCGACAUUACUGCACAAAAGACCAAGAACUGCAGUAGAAUGUUUUGAGGCUGAUUCUUCCAAUGCUGAACGGGAUGGUGUUGCAACUCAAGCAAUGGACAGUGAAGGAGAUACAUAUGGGGGAAUUAUCGGAGAGCGUAUUAUCCUACCACAUAGAUCACGUCGUGGUGGUUCGAAUUUGAAAGAAAAAACUCGUGUUAAACCAAGUAUUAAUGCCAAAAACGGAACUGUACCAUCUGAUCGCUAUAAUGAGCCUAAAAAAUACAAAUAUUUUCGAGAAUUGGUGGAGACAUCCUGUAACCUGGUGAACUGGCGUUUGCAGGAAAAGCCAUGCGCAAUUUCCUCGUAUGAUCCUUGCAUAAUUUGUGCCACUAUACCGGAUAAAAACAAGGCCACGGAUUGUCGUUUCUAUAACCGCAUGUUACGUGAUCGUGACAAUCCCAAAUUGUGCCGCCAUCUUUUAAUCAGCGAUAUCGAAAAAAUUAAGUCAUCAUUUCUACUGGAUGAAGUAAACGUUCGCAUGGAACAAUUUAUCGAUGAAAAAUUCACUACUGGCAAAGCAAAGGAAAAGGCGGAAGCAGCUCAAAUGGCUGCGUAUGUUCUACAGUGUGUGUAUUCAAAUUACGAAAAAGUGGUACAUCGUGAAGAAGAAGCCAUGUCAAGCUUUUCUGAAGGAGAAGCAUACUACAGCCAUGCGUUCGGUGCAAAACAAGUAUGUGACGCAUGUCGUUUUGCUAUCUUAAAUGCUCAUUUUUGCUGUAGAAUUUGUGGGUCAGAACUGUGCACAAUGUGUUAUAAAGAACUGGAUAAAAAAGAUUCUUAUCCUCCGAAUUGGUUAAAGUCAGUUCCUUGUACAAAUGGUCAUCUUCACGAUGCUACUAUGUUUCACUUGGGAUCAUUUCUGCCUUCAUUUGACAUUAUUCGUGAUACGCUUUACCGAUCGAUGGAGCAGUUGGUAAGGUACGAUAUUAAGAAAGGUGGUGCUUUAUGCAAUGGUAACCAUGGACGAGGCUAUAAUAUGAAAUUGUUUCAGGAGGAGAAAUGUUAUUGUCCUCGAUUUUCCCCUCUUUCAAAAUUUCCUAUCGAAACAAUUUGUAUUAUUGAGGAUCAGUUUUUACCGGAUGCGUAUGCGCGUUUCAAAGUUCAGUUAACUGCACACAAUCCCGUUAUAGUCGAAAAUGUGAAUCGUCAUCCCCGUUACCGUCGAUCAUUGUGGACGCAGGAAGCAUUUGAAAAAAUUGUGGCUUGCGAUCGAAAUUUAUGUAUUCUGGAUAGUGGGAACUUUUCACCUGUGAUGGUUCGUGACAAACCGUGCUCACUGAAAACGUUUUGGUCGAAAUUUGGGUUGAAACGAGGCAUAGAUGAUUGUUAUAUGAAGAUAAAAGAUUUCCCAGAAUCAAAAUUAUUUUCUAAUAUUGCUCCUGAACAGUACGUAAAUUUGUAUGAGAUCAUGCCCUUCCUGGAUUACACACAUAUUAACCGUGAAGAAAGUGGGCGUGGCAGAUUGAAUUUGCUGAACUUAUUCAAUGAUAAACGCGAGCGACCAGAUCCGGGACCGAAAGUCUAUAUUUGUUUCGGAUUAUGCAAUGCUCCUCAUUUGGCUUCUACUCCAUUGCACCUGGAUGUAUCUGAUGCAGUGAAUUUCUUGCCAUAUGUUAAAGCGCCGGACGAAAUGUCAAGAGAGGAAGUAAGAAACGUUGUUGAGCAACGCUUGGAUGCAGAGGGUAUCCGUGGGUAUCACAAGGAGCGUGCUCUUCGCGAGCCGGAAAAAGCUGGUGCUAUCUGGAAAAUAUUUCAUCCCAGUGAUAAUACGAGAAUCCGUGCUGCCAUUGAGGAAUGGAAGGAAAUGAAAGGGGAAAAAUGGAAAGGUGAUGUUAUUCACAACCAAGACGUAGUGGUAACACGUGAAAUGAUGGAUUUUUUUGAGGAAAGAGGAAUUGAGUGCCGCAUGUUUGUACAAAAUGAAGGCGACGUUGUAUUUAUACCUUCCGGAGCAGCCCAUCAAGUUCAAAAUAUCAAUUCAUGCAUCAAGAUUGCCGAGGAUUUUGUUGCGGCAGAAGGCAUUGAUUGUACAGUCGCAGUCACUGAUGAAUUGCGAUUUCUGCGAACUAAAGAUGAUCUUGUGCAGGUAGACAAGUUGUUGUACUUGGCGUGUGCUGCAGCUGCGUCUGUACUACAAAAUAGCGAACCAGGACUGGUGACAUCGAGUCUUCCCCAAUAA